ACAGCAACGGCACUAUUUCUCCCUCUCUCUCCCUUUCUCUCUCUCUCACUUGCUCUCUCUCGGUCGCUCGCUCUCUGAUGAGUGAGGGCAGUGUUGUCAGCCGCUUCCCGCGUGUGGACCCACACAAACGGAGUUAAGGAACAGUUUGAAAUACGACAAAGAGGAGGAAAAAAAUGCAAGAUUGCCAACAAAAGGAAUAUUUACCAGAGUUGAACAGCUGAACCCACUGCUGUGGAUCUCCAUGAGUAACCCGACAGAGCUCCCUGCUGCCCCUUCAUGCCUCUCUCGGUUCCUUGACACCUACCCUCUUUCACCCUCGUUCUCCCCGCCCAACCGUAACACGUCCUCAGUCUUCUGUCCUUAAACGAUGUGGUCAGCUGUCCGUGCUCUGCUCCUGCUGUCUGCCGGACUCCUGCAGUCCAGAGGAGACUCUCCCCGCAAGGAAAUCAAGAUCGACGGAGACCUGGUUCUGGGAGGCCUGUUCCCCAUUCACGAGAAGGGCAUGGGCAUGGACGAGUGCGGCCGGAUCAAUGAAGACCGAGGCAUCCAGAGGCUUGAGGCAAUGCUCUUCGCUAUCGAUCAGAUCAAUCAGGACGUGGCGCUGCUGCCGGGUGUGGUUUUGGGAGUCCAUAUUUUGGACACGUGCUCGAGGGACACCUAUGCUCUCGAACAGGCAUUGGAGUUCGUCAGGGCGUCCCUUACGAAAGUGGAUGAUACGGAGUUCAUCUGUCCCGACGGGUCUUACGCUCUUCAGGAGGACAGUCCACUGGCUAUAGCAGGAGUCAUUGGUGGAUCUUUUAGCAGUGUCUCUAUACAGGUUGCAAACCUGCUGCGGUUGUUUCAGAUCCCUCAGAUCAGCUAUGCUAGUACCAGUGCCAAACUCAGCGACAAAUCCCGCUAUGACUACUUUGCACGAACCGUCCCUCCAGAUUUCUACCAGGCCAAGGCCAUGGCGGAGAUCUUACGGGCCUUCAACUGGACCUACGUUUCCACCGUGGCCUCAGAGGGAGACUAUGGAGAAACAGGAAUCGAAGCCUUCGAGCAACAAGCGCGUUUGAGAAACAUCUGCAUCGCUACUUCGGAAAAAGUAGGACGAUCUAGCGCAAAGCGUUCUUCAUAUGAGGCCGUGGUCCGCCAGCUCCUCCAGAAGCCCACAGCUCGCGUCGCUGUUCUUUUUCUACGUAGCGACGACGCAAGAGAACUAAUCGCCGCUGCCGCCCGCCUCAACGCAUCUUUCCUCUGGGUGGCCAGCGACGGAUGGGGGGCGCAAGAGAGCAUCGUCAAAGGGAACGAAUUCACAGCAGAUGGUGCAAUCACGCUGGAGCUAGCGGCUCAUCCCAUACCAGAUUUCAACCGUUACUUCCAGACCCUCACGCCCCAAAUUAACCAUCGCAACCCCUGGUUCAAAGACUUCUGGGAGCAAAAGUUUCAGUGUUCAUUGGGUGGGACGUCAGCAACAGGGGCAGGAACCCCAAAGCCACCUUGUGACCAGGAACUGGUUAUCGACAAGUCCAAUUUUGAGCCAGAAUCAAAGAUUAUGUUUGUGGUAAAUGCAGUGUAUGCCAUGGCGCAUGCUUUGCAUCGCAUGCAACGGACUUUGUGUGCCAACACUACACGUUUGUGUGAUGCCAUGCGCAGUCUUGAUGGCAGGAAACUCUACCGGGACUUUCUGCUGCACGUCAACUUUAGAGCUCCAUUCUCCCCUGCCGGCUUAGAGAGUCAAGUCAAGUUUGAUGCGUAUGGAGAUGGAGUGGGCCGCUACAACAUCUUCAAUUACCAGAGCGUGCCAGGAAGUGACAAGUUUGCUUAUGUACAAGUAGGAGAAUGGGCAGAGAGUCUAUCCCUAAAUGAAGGCUUGAUUGGCUGGCCAAGGGGAGCUGAUGUGCCCACUUCUCAAUGCAGCGACCCUUGUGCUCCAAACGAAAUGAAGAAGAUGCAAGCAGGUGAAUACUGUUGCUGGAUUUGUACUCCCUGCGAGCCUUACGAAUACCUUCCGGAUGAGUUUACCUGCAUGCCCUGUGCACCAGGUCAGUGGCCCCGUCCUGAUCUGACUGGGUGCUAUGACCUUCCGGAGGACUACAUCAUGUGGGAGGAUGCUUGGGCCAUUGGACCAAUCUCGAUUGCAUGCGUUGGCUUCAUCUGUACUUUAAUGGUGUUCAUCGUCUUCAUUCGGCACAAUGACACACCACUGGUCAAGGCGUCCGGUCGUGAACUGUGCUAUAUCCUUCUGCUGGGAGUCUUCAUGUCCUACGUCAUGACUUUCAUAUUCAUUGCAAAGCCAUCACCUAUUGUGUGCACAUUGCGAAGGUUAGGCCUCGGUACCUCAUUUGCAGUGUGUUACUCUGCCUUGCUUACGAAAACCAAUCGAAUCGCUCGAAUCUUCAGCGGUGUGAAGGAGGGUGGGGCUCAGCGACCACGCUUCAUCAGUCCCAGCUCACAGGUUUUCAUCUGUCUGUCGCUGAUAUCUGUUCAGCUCCUGCUGGUGUCGGUAUGGCUGCUGGUGGAAGUGCCCGGUACGCGGCGGUUCACCACGCCAGAGAAACGCCAGACUGUCAUUUUGAAGUGCAAUGUAAGGGACUCUAGCAUGCUGAUGUCGCUGAGCUACGAUGUGGUUCUGGUGGUACUCUGCACAGUCUAUGCCUUCAAGACCCGCAAGUGUCCGGAGAACUUCAAUGAGGCUAAGUUCAUCGGGUUCACCAUGUACACCACAUGCAUCAUCUGGCUGGCCUUCCUGCCAAUCUUCUACGUCACGUCCAGUGACUACAGGGUUCAAACCACAACCAUGUGUAUAUCUGUUAGUCUGAGCGGAUUUGUGGUGUUGGGCUGCAUGUUUGCCCCCAAGGUCCACAUCAUCAUGUUCCAGCCUCAGAAGAACGUCACCAGUCAUCGGUUAAACAUGAACCGGUUCAGCGUGAGCGGGCCAGCAACUAGCUAUGCGUCCCAUGCAUCUGUGAGUGCCCACUACGUUCCAACGGUCUGCAACGGGAGAGAGAUCGUCGACUCCACCACCUCCUCUCUGUGACCCCGCCCCUUCCUCCAGACUCCUCCUCCUUAGCGACUGUUAGCCAAUCAGCACACAUUGUGCUCUGCCCAAGAACUAGGUCUGCCUACAUUGUGUAGAAAGCGUGUAUGAUUACGAUGAAUAUUAAAUUAUUUUUAGGGCUUGUUGUAAAUAUUAACUGACAUUGUUGUAGAGAAACAAAAGAACAAAAAAAUCCUUUAUAGAAAGAUUUUGGAACCUUUUGUUUUGAUAGCUUUAUUAUGUAUGUUGUAAACGGCCAUGAUGUGAUGAUGUAAGACGCAAAGCAGUUUCUGAUUGGGCCAUGGUUGAUAGAAACUGAUAGAGACGGCUCCGCCUGCAAUACUGGACACAAUUUGUGGUCGUUUUUAUUUUGUAGGCCUCAUUGUAAUAAUCUAAACUCUAUGUAUUUCUAUGUUGUACAUUUUGUACAGAAUCUUAACCGAUGGUUUUAACAGCACAAGUCGACAGUAUUAGAGUCUUCGCGAGGUCCAGAGGAGGAAAACCAUCGAGUGACUUCACGUCGUCUCAUCACAGGCAGUGUCUUGAUGCCAGAGGUUAAAACAUCGUUUUUAGUAAACUGUCAUGACACCUGAAAGCAUAUUACAUUGACUGCAUCUCAUAAGCUUCGUUUGCGGAUGAUUGAUGUUGCAACACAGAUAUAUGCAGUGUUGAGAUGGUAUAUAUAUAUAUAUAUAUAUACACACAUGUUAUAAAUGUUUACAUUGCCUGUGAUUAUUAGAAUUUUUCAGGGACAGAGAGUCUUGAAGAUGAGCAUGUAAGGUACUGUGAAUCUUGCAAAGUCAACAUAUCCUUCUUUUCCACCAUCAUGGUGCCGCUGCCAGUGUUGUCACAUUCUUUGAUAAUUUGAUGAAACACAAAGGCAUUUUAUAAGGACAGUUAACUUCAAAUCAAACAGGUUGGGCUGUUUGUUCACUCACCCUCAGGUCAUCCAAGAUUUAGGUGACUUUUUUCUUCAGUGGAGCAUUAAAGGAGAUUGUUUUAGCUUAAAUAGUGGGGCUUGAUUUUUGACAAUCCAAGUCAAUGGCUAUUGGCAUUAAGAGAAUUAAAAAGAUGAUGUGACGUUGCAUUUUGAAUUAAUUCAAAAAUGAAUAUAAUUAGUACUGUCAUCAUUUCAAAUGCAGUAAAUGGUUAAACAUUUCUUUAUAUUCCAUGGACCUCUUUUUAUUAAAACUGCUGUAAUAAAAUUUCUAGUUAAAUCUCAAAACUGUCCUAUGGUGUGACUGUCUCAAGGAUAGUUUGUAAAAUCCUAAAAUCAUUAAUAAAUACCUCAGGCCUAAUUUUACAAGUGGCUGUUUUAGUAAAUGGCAUUUCUCUAUCCAUAUAUGUCUUCAAGAGUUAACACUUAGAUAUUGCUUGACAACUGUUAGCAGGUUAGGCAUGCUGUCCCG